UCUAUUAUUUUUAGAUUAUCGUGACGAACGCGGAUCAUGGGCAAAAACAAUAAAAAGGCAAUGGCGACUACCCGUUGGAUAGUCAGUAAGCUCAUCGUGAAAAAUUUCAGAAAAAUGUGAUCUAAUCGCAAUCGAGGAACGUAAAUCCGAGGUGUGGCCAGAAGGCAGGAGAAAUACUGUUGCCUGCAAAGAAAGAAAUGACGUGCAGUAUGUGCAGGCGAUGGCUUAUGUACGGAUGGACCUGUUAUCCAAUCGACUAAACAAUGAAUGGUGGUCACUAACAGGUCAAACAGACAGAUACGACAGGAGGCAGGAAGGAGUAAAUGAGCGAGCGCACCUAAGUAAUGAGCGAGACUCGGCAUUAUCCUAUUCGCUCGGUCUCGGACUUAUACGCAGCCGACGAGAUAGAGGUGCUUCUGUUAGAAGAGAUACGCGACCUGGAACCACCACCCGCCAUAUAUUCUAAACCCGAAGACAUUCAAGACUUCGAGAUUGGCAGUAGGACAGGGGGGCGAAUCAGCUCCCAAUCAUCGGAGCUGGAUUCGCCGGGGGUCCAUUCAACUGUCCAUUCUUGGGACUCACAUGCUAACUAUCAUGGUCACUAUGGUAAUAGUGAUCACAGGCCUGGCUCUUCAUCCAAUGCUCUGCCUUGGUCCCGCGCUCAUGUGGUUAUUUACUGUGACAUACGGGGGCAUCUUAAGACAGCUACGGGAGUUGUUAGACUUUUGUUACUUAUAUCCUCUGCAGCUUGUUUGGCAACUUUAUGCACUUCUGGCACCACCAAGGUCAGCCUUUUCAUGCUGCCUUUAGCAGGCCGUUUACGGGUCAUGAUCUUUGUAGCUGUUUUCUGUUUGUUGAUCACUGCAGUUCUACUCUUCCUUGAUAUUUCGCACGUUAUUUACAUCCUUCCUUUGAAUUGGGCUAAGCUGAACGCUAUAGUAUUCACUGGUAUAGGCUUGUCGUUUACCGCGAGUAGCGCAUUACUAGCAUGUACAGUAUGGGAAUAUCACAGCGGUGGCUGGCACCAAGAGGUACCGAAAAGCACACGUUUGCAAUUGUCUGCUGCGGCAGGGUUAGGACUUUCAUGUGCUCUCUUCGCAUUUUUACUUUCUUGGAUACAAUGUCGCAACAGUUCCAGUAAGGAUCAGGAUUCUCGUAGUAACACACCGACGCAGCUUUACAAGCCUGUUGAUUCUUCUUCCUCUGGGGUCACUUUGAAGGAACGCAGUCCCAAGAGACCUGCCUCGUGGGCUGUAAAGAACCAGCAACAAUCGAAAAAACGUAAUACGGACAGUGAUACGAAUACGAGUAACGGCGGCCAUCGCGGUAGUAAUCAUGAAAGAUUCAAGCAGGGCGCCAACAGAAAGGACCACUGGGCUACGGCCAAACAGCAUAUUUUAGACACACAUACGAAUAAUGAGGAGUCCCAACAGGAGGACGAGAUGCGAUUAACAAGGAGACCCAAUGACAGUGAGAUCGAGAGGAGACGAAGAAAACGGAGAAAAGAGGGUGACAGUAGUUCAACCGUUGAUGGAAAUACGCUGAGUAGCAGUAAGAUUGACGCUAGUCGCGGUAGUGUGGAUGAGACUAAAACUAGGCGGGUACCCCGAAAAUUACCUUUACAACAAUCCACAAUGGCGCAACCUCAAUCGUGGUCCGACGCCGAAAAUAGAAAUAAUAGUACGCAAAUUAGUAAUAAAACUAAGCAAAUGUCAGUAAUACAAAACAAUGACGCACAGAACUGUUGUGAUGUAAAUGUUGUGAUUGUAAACGAGACUAGAUCGGUCAAUCGAGUGACUCGAAAUGGUCUUCGAAACUGGGAGACAGAAUGUACGUCUAGCAACGGCGUAGAAGAGGCUGCUGACGUGAACGUGGCAGUUCGUAAUACCAUGUUCGCAAAACCAGCCGGACAGUGGCACCCACCACCAGAUGAUGUUCAACCUUGCUCUAGCAAAACCAUCGAUCCUUAUAGCUUUGCCUGAUCUUGAAAUAAGAAGCACACACGUUAGGUAAAAACUAAAAAGAAACAAACUUGUUCAACUGUUUUCGCGUAACAGUAACGUAAUAAAUUUUUUAUAAAUCAAGUAUAUCCAUAUAUAUAUUUAGUAAACAAUUUUUUCUAUUAAACUACAAUUAUAAUUAAAGUAUUACUCUCUGACACUUAUAUCAUAUAAUUGCAAAUCUUUUUUUUUUUUUUUCUGUUUGUGCAUGUACAAAUUUUGAUUUCGAACACAUUUUGUGUUACACAUUGCACAGCGAUCAAUAGAAAAACUGUAUUUCGGUUUUACAUUUUGCAUCUGUUUUCAACCGUGCGUGAAACCAGAUGUGAUUUAAAAAAACUGUAAAUAUAUAUAUAUAUAUACAUAUAAUAUAUUCUGUUAGCACCUCAUAUAACAUCAAACAGAGAUGAACAAAAAAAAAAGAUCAUAGUCGAAUUGUUAUGAGAUUUAUCAAAUUUUUGUCCUUAUCAAAUUUUGCAGGACAAAACAAAAUACUAUCCAAAGAUUUAAGAUCCUGUAUAAAGUUAUUGCUGCCUUGUACAUUUCGCUGCCAAGAAGAUAGAUUUUCUUUAGUCGGGGUCCUGACGUUUUGCAUCAUACAAAACCAAGACUGCCCAACUUUGAUAAGCAAAUAACAACGCCAUUUUAUUCCAAUCAUGUACCAAAUAAUUUUAAGUAAGUUUUGAAACGAGAGUUUGUAAGUACAUAAGAUCACUAUAUAGCACAUCGGUAUGUGUAUAUAUGUUUAACUAGUCAUUUCUAUUGUAUUUUGAUGCCAACGUAUUUUGAAGCAUACGUGAAAAAACAAAAAAAAAAAAAGAAAUUUUUCACACGUG